AUGAAAGGCGAGCCGGCUGGGCUGAUAAUCGGGGUAUCUAUAGGGGUAGUGAUUGGAGUGCUUUUGGCAAUUUCUGGAUUCUUCUGCAUUAGGUACCAUAGGAGGCGCUUGCAGAUAGGGAACAGCAGUUCUCGGAGGACAGCCACUAUUCCUAUCCGUGCUAAUGGUGCUGACUCUUGUACUAUAUUGUCAGACUCGACUGUUGGUCCAGAUUCACCUGUAAAAUCUGGACGCAAUGGUUCCUCCUUCUGGCUUGAGGGAUUUAAGAAGAGCAAUGUGGUCUCAAUGUCUGGAAUACCUGAGUAUUCUUACAAGGAUCUGCAAAAAGCAACCUAUAACUUUACAACAUUGAUAGGGCAAGGUGCGUUUGGUCCUGUGUACAAAGCUCAGAUGUCAACGGGUGAGACUGUUGCAGUUAAAGUUCUUGCAACUGAUUCUAAACAAGGGGAGAAAGAGUUCCAGACUGAGGUUAAGCUAUUGGGAAGGUUGCAUCACAGAAACCUCGUGAACUUAAUUGGAUAUUGUGCAGAAAAAGGGCAACAUAUGCUUAUAUAUGUCUACAUGAGUAAAGGCAGCUUGGCCUCUCAUUUAUACAGUGAAAAGCAUGAGCCGUUGAGCUGGGAUUUGAGGGUUCUUAUAGCUUUAGAUAUAGCAAGAGGCUUGGAGUAUCUUCAUGAUGGAGCAGUUCCUCCUGUAAUACACCGCGAUAUUAAAUCUUCCAAUAUUCUGUUGGAUCAGUCCAUGAGAGCCAGGGUAGCUGAUUUUGGACUUUCAAGAGAAGAAAUGGUGGACAAACAUGCAGCUAAUAUUAGGGGCACGUUUGGUUAUCUUGAUCCUGAGUAUAUAUCUACAAGGAAUUUCACCAAGAAAAGUGACGUUUACAGCUUUGGAGUUUUGCUCUUUGAACUCAUAGCUGGAAGAAAUCCUCAACAAGGUCUCAUGGAAUAUGUUGAGCUUGCCGCGAUGAAUACGGAGGGGAAAGUUGGGUGGGAAGAAAUCGUGGAUUCCCAUCUUAAUGGGAACUUUCAUAUGCAAGAGCUCAACGAAGUGGCAGCUCUUGCAUAUAAAUGUGUCAACCGGGCCCCAAAGAAACGGCCUUCCAUGAGAGACAUUGUACAAGUGCUAUCGCGGAUGCUCAAAAUGAGGCACAACAGGAAGCACAUGAAAUCCUUGUCAUCCGUUACAGAUGAAGUCACAAUCGACGUGAACCAACCGGAAACCAAAAUCCAAAUGGCUGAACAUCGAAGGGAGGAGUCUGCGGACAGCAUAGCUGAUACCUAUGAAGUAUAG